AUGGACUUCCAGUGUCUGCAGAGGCUGUGCUUCUAUGAUUGUGUAAUAUCGGACGGCUGUAUUUCCCAUUUUAUAGCGGACAAAGCCUUAGAAGAAUUAGAAUUGCGGGAUUGUUCUAGAGUGAAAGGAGAUUUCCUCAAUACUAUAGACUUGUCAGCGUUGAAAUCCCUUUUCUUGUCUUCUUGCGACGUUCUGAAUUCCGAGCACUUACUCUCAGCUGUCGAGCGUCUCGGCGAGCUGAGGGAGUUGGUCCUUCUUUCAAUGUCUGACGAUAUAUUCAUCGGAAUACAGGCAGUGCUGGAUAAGAUGCCCAAAUUGGAAUAUCUAGAAAUAAAUGACGCGUAUGAGAUGGUUUGCCAUGAUUAUAAGCCCCUAUCACGUCUGGGUUGUUUGAAGGAGCUCGAUGUGAAGUACAAACUGCCUGAUGAGGCCGUGAAAGCUGUACUACAGGGUUGUAAAGAGUUGAGGACCUUGACGUUUCGGGACUGUACAGACAUGAGCUCGCGCGGCGUGGUGGAGGCACUGCGUUGCAGGGGCACGGGGCUCCGCUCGCUGACGCUGUUGUCGCUGGACUUGGACGAUGUCGGCCUGGUGGCCAUCAUCAGCGCCUGCCCUGAGCUCACGCGGCUGGAAGUGUCCGGGGCGGAGCUCUCGCCAGCGUUGCCCGCGCGCGCGGCGGCGGCGCGGCGAACGGUGCGGGCCGGGGCCCGCCUGUGGCUCUGCCUCACCAGCACCAGUCUGUCGAAUAAAAAGCGACUGAAAGCACUUUACGGGGAUUAUGAACCAAUGAAUCUGGAAUAUGAAGAACUAAUUAUAGAACUUGAAGACUAG